GCAGAAGGAGAUCUCCUAGGAAGGCUGACAAGAUGGCUGGACGGCUGCCGAACGGCAGACCGACAGGCACAUCCGGCGGAUCUAUCAAUCGCCAACGCAGUGCGGGGUCGGUGGCGAAGCAGCCGUACGACCCGAGGUUGUAUGCGCACCUGCCUUCUCACGAGAUUCCUCUGCCGCCGUCGGAUGACGAGGGGGGGGAAGCCAGGUCGCCGACUUUGCCGUUGGGAAGCGGUUCUACGCAGGACUGGGCGGCGACGCAAUCGUGCGGCGGCAGGGGGGUGGAGACACCGUGGUCUUACACGUCACUUCUUAACGAGGGGCUGUGCGAUGACGACGGCGAUGCAGCGGUCGAUCUGAGCUUUCAUCUGUCGAGCAGCAGCGGAGCAGCCGCAACGCACACUCGGAUCAUCAAUCCCCACCCGGGUGGGGAUUGCGCGGAAAACAUGCAAGGUGCUGUCUGCGGCCCACGAGACGGCGGUCUGCCUCAAUCGGUUCGCGACGGUGGAGGUGAUCGUAAUAACUCGUCGCCGAGCGUCAGUGGAGGAGUCGGUGCGCGUAAACGACCGGACUGGAUGCGCUUGUCGCCUGCGGUGCGAAGCGGACCCGGCGCUACUCGAGGGCGGCAGGCGGCGGAGGAUUUGAUUGGGGGAGUUCCAGACGUGCAACGCGACGGCAGGCAGGUCUGGGCAGAAUGCAGGCAGGAGUUGCAUCGAGGUGAAACGGAGACAAUCACCAGAGGGGUGCAAUGGCUGCACGUCGGCGAAGUGGAAGACACGGCCGUUGAUGAGGGGCAGGGGUGUGACGACGUGGACGACGACGACGGUUGCAAGUCCAACGAUUUACCAGACAUCAGGCCGCUUGGGAGGAGGGCGACGAGAGGCGGAUCCGGUGCUAAGAAGGGCCCCGCCACGAAACCGAGACAGACAAAGAACAUGGAUGACGAUGGCGAGGGCAGCCGGAAUUUCUGGUCGGUGGGAGACAAUGUCGCGCUCGUGAGGGCGAAAAGGGAUCAAGAUCUGUAUAUCGCCGGGCUGGGGACUAGUUUCACCCGCAUGAAAACGACCGCGUGGAAGUGGGAGGAUAUGCGGGGGAGGUUGCAAGCGAUGGGAGUGACGAGGGAUGCCGUCGACUGCGGGAAGAAAUGGGACAACUUGAUGCAGCAAUUCAAGAAGGUGCACAAGUUUCAGAACCUCUCUGGCGGGAAGGACUAUUUCAGGCUUGCUUCAAGGGACAGGCGAUCGGAGGGCUUCAGCUUCGUCAUGGACCGGAGCGUGUACGACGAAAUGGAGGCCAUGACGAAGGGGGAUCACACGAUCCACCCGGCAAAUUUGGCGGACACUGGGGCGGCGGGGGGGGUUCAAAUGCCCGCAGGCGCGGGGAGGGGUGGGGGCACCAUGGGCGGAGAUGGUGGAGGGGAGAUGGCAGACGAGGAGCAGGGGUCGACGAAAGACUCGUCAUUCAGCGCGGGAAGCGGCGGCGGUUAUGAAAAGAGGAAGAACAUGCGGCAACAAACCUUUGAAGCUGUCGCCGACGUCAUGGAGAAGCAUGGUGCGCUCAUGGCGAGCACAAUGGACAGCGCCAGCAAGCGGCAAUGCUCUAUGAUGUCACGGGAGUGUAAAAUCCUGGAGAGCGAGGUGGAGGUGUAGAGGAAACACUAUACAGCGGCGGAUGAGGCGAAUAGAAUGAUGUGCAACGCCCUGCUGGAGAUA